UCUCUCUCUCUCUCUCUCUCUCUCUCACACACACACACACACACACAGUGACUCCUCAUUUCAGAGAAAACGAAACUGAUCUCUCUCUCUCUUGCAGUGUGUGAGUUCAGGAAAAUGGCCGAAUCCAGUAUUUUAGAUCACUUUUCAGUGGAUCAGUUCAGCUGUCCAGUGUGUCUGGAUCUCCUGAAGGUUCCGGUGACUAUCCCUUGUGGUCACAGUUACUGUAAGGUGUGUAUUAAUGGCUGCUGGAAUCAGGAGGAUCAGAAGGGGGUCUACAGCUGUCCUCAGUGCAGAGACACUUUCACUCCGAGGCCUGUUCUACACAGAAACAACAUGCUGGCUGAAGUGGUGGAGAAACUGAAGAAGACUGAAGUCCAAGCUGCUUCUCCUGCUCACUGUUACGCUGGACCUGGAGAUGUGGAGUGUGAUUUCUGCACCGGGAGGAAACACAAAGCCAUCAAGUCCUGUCUGAUGUGUCUGGCUUCCUUUUGUGAAACUCAUCUGAAACCUCACUAUGAAGUCUCUUCGUGGAAAAAGCACACGUUGGUCAAAGCCUCAAAACAGCUACAAGAGAAGAUCUGCUCUGAACAUAAGCUGAUUGAGAUCUACUGUCGUACUGAUCAAACCUUCAUCUGUUAUUUGUGUACGAUGGAUAAUCACAAAGGACACGUCACAGUCGCAGCAGAAAGAGCUGAGAAACAGAGUGAGUUAAAGGAGGAGCUGAUGAAAGCCCAGCAGAGAAUCCAGGAAAAGCAGAAAAAGGUGCAGGAGCUGAAACAGACUGUGAACAUGAUUAAGUCCCGUGCUCAGACAGCAGUGGAGGACAGUGAGAUUAUCUUUACUGAGAUGAUCAGCUCCAUGGAGAAAAAGCGCUCGGAGGUGACGGAGCUGAUCAGAGCUCAGGAGAAGGCUGAACUGAGUCGAGCUGAACGACUCCUGGAGCAACUGGAGCAGGAGAUCACUGAUCUUCAGAGGAGAGUCACUGAGCUGGAGCAGCUUUCACACACACAAGAUCACAUCCACUUCCUCCAGAGUUUCCGGUCUCUCUGUGUCUCUUCUGGACAUGAGGAUUCACCCAGCAUCACCGUCCAUCAACAUCUCUCAUUUGAUGGAUUGAGGAAUUCUCUCUCAGAUCUGAAGAAGAGACUCGAGGAAUUCUGUGAGGAGGAAUUCAACAAAAUCCCUCCACAUGCUGCAGCAGUUCAGAUCAUUUCACCAUCAGAGCCACAGAGCAGAGAAGAUUUUCUGACAUAUUUCUGUUAUCUGACUCUGGAUCCCGACACGGCACAUCGUAACCUCAUUCUGUCUGAGAAGAACAGAGCGGUGACAUUCAGUGAGAGAGAGCAGCAGUACUCUGAUCAUCCAGAGAGAUUUGACACCUGGCCUCAGGUGUUGUGUAAGGAGAGUGUAUGUGGACGCUGUUACUGGGAGGUGGAGUGGAGCGGUGAUGGUGUGUACAUCUCAGUCUCAUAUAAAGACAUCAGGAGGAAAGCAUGGAGUAAUGAGUGUGGGUUAGGACUCAACAAUCAGUCCUGGAGUCUGCGGUGUUCUUCUUCUUCUUCUCUCUCUUUCUGUCACAACAACAUUAAGACUGAUCUCAGAGUUCCAUCAUCCUCCAGAAUAGGAGUGUAUGUGGAUCACAGUGCAGGAAGCCUGUCCUUCUACAGCAUCUCUGACACGAUGAGACUCCUCCACAGAGUCCACACCACAUUCACUCAGCCUCUAUAUGCUGGGUUUAGGCUCUACUGGUUUGGUUCUCCUGUGAGAUUGUGUGAUCCAAAAUAAAGUGUGUAGUGUUUUAUGUAAAAUUCCUGCACGUUGACACAUUGUUGCAGUCAUCUGUCUUACUAGCACACAAUUCAGCUGCACAAAAACAGCCAUUUUAAUGUAUUAAUUAAAACAGAUUUUACAAUAAUUAAAAAGGAAAUGUUAAAAAUUAACUGUCAGAAAAGAAACUUUCAAAAAAUUGAAGAAGAAAAUGAUCAAAUGAUAUCUCGUGACCUUAGGAUUAUAAAUUUAUAUCUGUUUGUUUCAUAGUAAGCAACCUCCCAUUAAAUAACUAAUAAACAGUAAUAAAGCCAGUACAGAACAUUUUAAACCUGUUAAGGUCACACUAUAUAAAAAUAAAAUAUAAUCUUUUGAAGGAAUUUUAUUUUUCUGGUUGUAUUCGAAGAUGUAAAGUAUACAUUCAUUCUGAUUAAAAUCUGAAGUUGUUUCUAAACCCUGAAAUUUCAUUGUAAAACAUUUAACACUAUUUAAAAUCCAUUAGAACAUACAGUACAUGCUUGGUUAAGGCUGCCUAUGUUGUGUUCAUCCCAUAUUCAGCCUGGAUGAUGACUGGCCGGCAGAUAGAACCUCAUAAAUCCAAGUUUAUCUCUGGGUUUGGAAUUUGUAUUAAAAUAUUACAAUUAAAGCUCAAAAAUAAUUUUUGGCUCAAUUUUUUAAGCCAAAUCACUUUCAAUGUAUAUUUUCAAAUUAUUUCAUCUAUUAUUUCAACUACAGUGUCUUCAGUGUGGUGUUUGAGACAUAUCUUUUACUGUUCUAAUAUAUUGUGUGUGUGUGUGGAUAAUGAUGAUAAAUAUGUCUCUGUUAACUGUAUCUGUCUGUGGUCUGACUCCUGAUUUGGAAUUUUGAACAUGAUUGUUCAUUUUCAAUAAAAUAAAGCAAUAAAUCCA